GCUGCCACAUAGCUGGAUAUCUCAUGGGAUUUAAUAACUGUCGUAAAUGUCACACUUUUCUUCACAAAAUGGCUAUCGAUAGGCAUUUAACUGUCUAUGCACCGGUAUCUCAUAAAAUUAGCCUGUCAUGCUAGUUCCCUGAUUUUAAAUAUUUUAACAUUUACAGUUUAAAACGGACAUGUCUUUCAAUGUUGCUAGUUAAAGUGACAUUAUACUAGUGCUAGGUAACAUUAGCCGUUUGAGUCCAGCUAGUUUGCUUAUACGUCUUAUUUUUCUAGAAAGGUCCAGACUCCACCAAACUGCAGGCAGAGGGAGAGGUAUGGAUCAUGGCUGGAGUUGAGACUCAACUUAUGCUGAGUGUUGGGUUAAUUGAAAAGGAUGUGAACCACGAUGUCCUGUGGGUGUGGUGCUACCCCUCUGUCAGCGCGGAGCUGCGGGACGUCCUGCUCAGGAAGUGCUGCCUCACGCUGGAGGGCUCUGUCAUCCACACCUUUGUGUUCGGCCAGUUCAGCCGCACCUGGUACUACAUAACCACCGUGGAGGUUCAGGAGCCCACUGCCCUGAAGAAGGUCACACAUUUUUCAAUAGUACUUACUGCAAAAGAUUUCAACCCUGAGAAGUAUGCUGCAUUCAGCAGAGUCCUCUGCAGGAUGUACUCCAAACACGGCAGCCCCGUCAGAAUGAUGGAGGGCUACAUCGCCGUCCUCACCAAGGGCGUGUGCCAGAGCGACGAGAACGGCUCCUUCCUUAUCAGGGACUACGAUGCCCGGAAGGCCUAUUUAGCCGGCUCCAUCAAAGACGUGGUGUCCCAGUUUGGGAUGGAGAGCAUCAUCCUGUACACAGCCCUGAUGCUGAAGAAGAGGGUUGUGGUGUACCACCCCCGCAUCGAAGCACUGCUGGAGUUCACAAGAGUUCUCCCAGCCCUGACAUGGCACAGAAAGGACUGGUCUAUUCUGCACCCCUACGUCCAUCUGAAUGACACAGAACUGGAAUCGCUUCGCUUGUGCACAGGAUACGUCGCUGGGUUCGUUGAUCCAGAAAUAAGUAACAGACCUGACCUUUUUGAUGUGUACGUCAACCUCCCCGACAGUGAAAUCACCAUUUCCCAGAAUGCAAAAGAGGCCAUGACGAUGGGGAAGCUGCACAAGGACAUCGGGCUGCUGAUGGUGCAGUCGGCCGAGCACGCCGACAGGACCGACGGCCAGGUGAUAAAGGACAUUUCCGUGAAGACGAAGGAGAUUUUGACCAACUUGACAUCCCUAGCGGAGGAAUGCGAGGAUUCCAAAAUCACCUUGGAGACCUUAAAGCGGCGGCGCCUCCCCUCGGCCACGGAGAACUUCCUGUUUCACCUGGCGGCCGCCGAACAGCUGCUGAGGAUCUGAGCGGGACCGCUGCCCCGAAGUACCGCUCGCGUGCCAGAACACGCUCAGCUCAGCCCUUCAUGUUAGGCCCCUCUUCAACCAGCAGACUAAUGAACACUCAUAAUUGGACUGUCGUUAAUACUGGAACUUUCCGUGAAACUGUUCCGGCCAGUUUAAUCCCCGUUUUUAAAGUGAGGCAGAGUCAGGGGAAGGCUUUUAUGGUCAUAUAACACAAAUUGAUAUUAGGCUAUGUUAGUAACCGAGUUUAAGGAUUUGUGUAUACUGUAUGUGACAGCAGUUGCGCUGUAGAUGAAAUUUCCACAUUUUCCAAGUGUCACCCAGUGUCAGCCGUUAGGUGUAAUUUAUUCAGGUUAAGCAGAAGAGAUUUGCAGUCACCAGACCCAUUAGCUAUUCUGUUAAAGGCAAAAUCAGAAACAGAAGUUAUUUUACUGGUGUGUGCUGUUUUUUCUGAUGUAAAAAAUGAAAAUGAUUACUGCUAAUUAUAAAAAUGCUGACUCCCAGUGAUGGGGUACACAUUGAUGGCAUAUGCAGCAGCAACACCCCCCAUUUUAACUGACUUCAGUCGUUUUCCCCCGACUUUCAGUUCCACGGAAGAUAGUUCACUGUGACUCACUGCUGUCCACGCCUUGUGCAUCUCACUAAAUCAUGUGCCUCAUCCCCCAGUCUCCACACCCAUGUGACCUACGUUGGCCUAUUAGGCGUGAAGCAUCCAUUAUGCUGUCUGGUAUGAUGACCGUCUUGUCAGAAAUAUCUUUUUUUAAACUUUCAUCCCUUAUUUUACUCCUUUUUAGUAUGGAAUGCCCAAUAAAUCGGUCCCUUCGCAGGCCUGCAUCGGUCUGUCGAUGAGAGCGCAGGUUAGCCUGCUCUGCAGCGGAGCGAUGGGGGUUACCAUGCCAACUGCAGCCGUCCCUCGCUAGGCAACGCUACAGCCAUCUUGCGGGACUUUGAGCCACAGUCCUGGUUUUAGUGGCCUGAGUACAAGUGCCAAUUUAUCAAUCCGUUCUUUUUCUAGCCCACUUCUAGCCCGCAGUCCCAGAAACUCUCCCCUUAGUGUGAAUAAAGCGUACGAUCAACAAAUGACUGAAGAAAAAUGUACAUACAUAAGAGACGAUCAGAGCUAUAUUUUCACAUGGAGCAGGGUGUCUAUGACCCUGGUCAUGAAUUUAGUUGUUACUCGGCACUUAAUUGAUCAGUUCAAGCAAUUGAUUGCUUGGUAAAGUCGUUAUAUGUAUUUUUUCACGCAAAGUUCUCUUGCUGAUUUUAAGGGCGAGACAAAAGCUGUACGAACCUUGGCACCUUGUGGGUUUUCUGAAUCUGGGUUAGACACGCUUAACGUUGAGAAUAAAGAGUGGGGCGUUUCUUAUUUUCAUUUCUCUUACGGCUUUAGUGUGACACAAGCAAUAAAAAAACUAGUUAGAAUCGUCAAAGCACAGAUUUUUCGCAGCUGAUUCAGUCAGAACCAUUAUUGGUUCUUUUUUUCCCCAAAUAAUUUUUAAAAAGAUUACUGUGUCAAAGGCCAGCGGGCUGCUUGUUUUGUUUAAUGCAUUUCAUUUAAUUUCAUUUCUUUUUGUUCUUUUAAUGUGUGCGAUCAGAGCGAUUAGACCCAAAGGCAUUAUUCUUGAGAAGGAGUGUUGGAAAUUUGUCUUAAAAUGACAUUUUUAUUGUGAUUGGUUUUAAUCAUAGAGGGGGUGUCUGGUCGCUCCGCAGAACGUGGCUUUGACUUUGCGUCUCUUUAUUUUCAAGUUCUUUAAAAGUAAAUAUCGCCUGUUGGGGAAUAAUUCAUUGGAUCUGAGUGCUGUCAGCCAUUUGUGCUCAUUACAUCUAUGGGACCACGUUUGAACAUUACGUUCCUGUGUGUGCUUGCGUGCGAACGUGUGUGCGUGCGAGUGUGUGUGUGCAUGCGUGCGUGCAUGUCUUUGUGUGUGUGUGCGCGUAUGUGUCUGUGUGUGCAUGUGCGUGUGUGAGUGUGUGUGUGUGUUCGUGUGUGUCGUUUACUGUCUUCAGUUUGCCAAACCCUGCCCAGCUUAAAAUGCCACAUUAACCCUCAGCAGUCUGGUCUUCUGAGUCAAAACAACGUGUGGUUUUCUCACUUUAUGGUUUCUGUUGGUCGCGUUGAUCUGUUAAUCCAGCCUUAUGUUAAAUCAGCCUUAUUUUAUUUUUGUUAAUUUUUAAAAACUUUUUAUUUGUACGUGAUCCAAGGCAAUGUUUGACUGCUUCAGUAUUUAUGUGUUUAAAAAAAUUUUUUUUUAUUUCUUAACCUUUGAUGUCUCAGUAUGGUUAGAAAAGACUUCACAGAUGCAACGAUUUAAGAACUCCCUUCUCUUGUGUAGCUUUUUCAAAUGCCACAGGUGCUUCUGACUUAAAAUCAUUUGUAAGACAUGAAAUACAUGUAUACAGUAGCUAUUACAUACGUUGGAUUUUAUGGAUGUCUUGUAAAUUCUGUCGAUCUGCAGUGGUGCUGUGGGAGUGUAGAAUUUGCAGGAAAUCUCCACACAAAAAAAACAGUGAACCUGCAGCCAGAGGGAGCUACUCUGGCUGGUCAUGAGUUCAGACCGUCGGGACCGUCGUGAUAACCAGAACAUGACCACACUUCACAAAAAAGCCUUUCUAUUGCUUUCUCUCCUGAAUUUCAUUCCUGUGAUUCAGUCAGAUGCAGUAAAAAAUAACACUGAAUGUUUUUAUAUUGUAGUUGUCGUAUGUUUCAUAAAUUAUCCCGAAUGAGAUCACUUGAUUGAUGACUUGAAGAGAAUACUGGAAGCACUACAAACGUUGGGGGUUUCUUUCUGUGAUUAUGAGAGGGUAGUUUAUAGAGCACACCAGCCAGGACCACUGUGUCAUUUUAUGUAUCUGUGGUUACUCUGGACUGACUACAGGAAGUACUGUUGAGUGAAGAUAACUGUCCACUGGUUUAGUGUCUCAGCUUCCAAGCAUUUAUCCAUUGAAGUGAAUGCAGUAUGAACUAUAAUAAACCAUAGAGCUUGUGUGGAGAUUAUAAGGUUGCACAAACAGGAAGUGACAGGGACAAAGUUUUUCGGAGGAAGUGCACCUGCUCUCACAAAAAUACAUGGUCCAACUGUCAUCUCCAAAAGGGCAUAUUCCAGCUUUGAUUGAAAUCUGCUGAUUAUGUUUUUUUUUUUCUGGUUAUUGUUGCCUACAGAUUUUUCUUUUCUUUCCUCCAGCUGUUUCCCAUUGCUCAGAUGACAGGAAUGUUUCCAUGUUCAGUGGUGAUAACUUCAUUAAAGAGAAACAUUCAACGAAAA